AUGUCCCCGAGAUUAUACACGUACGCCAUCAUAACUCUACCAAUGGUGGUGACGUCAAUUCCGGGCGAGCGACUGUUUUCUAAAACUGGUGCUGAGCGCCAUAAAUGGCAGCAGCGUACAGGGACAUUGCCUGUCAUCUUCCUGAGCCUCCGUGCAUGGGCGAAAGAAGAUCUGAAAGUGGUGACUGUGGAACUUGUACAUGGCCAGCUGAUACGACUGCUCAGCGAGUUCUUCAACAACGUGUCAGAUGACCACAUUGAACCGUCAGACUUUGUACACCAUCUACAUGCAAAAAUUCGGCAGCUACGCCCUAUUGCUCUAAGGGACCAGCAGGCACGUCGUCCGUUUGUUUUCAAUGAGCUACGGAGGUGUGAUCAUGUUUUUGUACAUCAUGACACGGAGCACAAGCCAGUGCAGCCACCUUACGACAGACUUAUCAGUAUGGAGGAAAAGACAGCCAAGGUCAACAUUAUGGGUACACCAACCACCAUCUACAGGCUCAAGUUAACCUUCAGCGCCACCUACACUGGUCCGAACUCAUCCACAGACACAGCCAACAUGAAUUUGACAAACGCACUAGCUACACUGCCACCCAACAAAGAUAAGUGGCAACAGACAUCAAGGCUACCUCUGAUGACCGCACAGUAG